UGUUACCAGGCAGACGGACAUCCAACAUGGCCGCGUCGAGCAACGCAGAGCAAACGCAUUUGCAAGACAUGGAGGAGGGAGAUGCGGGGAUGGAGGAGAGGGAUGGAGACUCGGACGAAGGGGAAGAGGAGGGAAUGGGAGUAGAUGUUUCAGAGGAUGAGGAGGACAAUUCGUCGGAAGACGAGAAAGAAAAUGAAGCGGAGAUCCAGCGGUUGGAGGAGCAGCUUUCAAUCAAUGCUUUUGACUACAACUGCCACGUUGAUCUCAUCAAACUACUGAAGCAAGAGGGAGAACUUGUACGUCUGCGAAAGGCAAGGGAGAAAAUGAGUGAACUUUUCCCGCUCACUGAAGAGAUCUGGCUAGAUUGGCUCAAGGAUGAAAUCCGUCUGACCGAAGAAGAGCCGAACCGGGAGAAAGUAUAUGAACUUUUUGAGACCGCUGUAAAUGACUAUAUCUGUCCAGAAAUCUGGCUGGAAUUUGCUCAGUAUUCAAUUGGUGGCAUGGGCUCACCAGGUGGGAUGGACAAAGUGAGGUCCAUCUUUGAGAGAGCUGUGACUGCUGUGGGACUCCACAUGACCAAGGGGCAGACCGUGUGGGAGGCAUACCGAGAGUUUGAGAAUGCCAUUCUUUCCACAGUACAGCCUCCCCCCGGAAGGAUUCCUACUCGCGAGGAGCAGGAGCUGCUGAAAACUCAGAUUGAGCGUAUCCACACGCUGUUUCGUCGCCAGCUGGCCGUCCCGUUGAUGGACAUGGAAGCCACCUAUGCAGAGUAUGAAGAGUGGUCGGAGCAUGGGGUCGCCGAGACGGUCAUCCAUCAGUACAAAAAGGCUUUGGAGCAGCUGGCAAAGUACAAAUCUUACGAAGACGCACUGAUGGCAGCAGAACCUCCUAAGCUGGCAGAGUAUCAGUCCUACAUUGACUUUGAGCUAAAGGAGGGCGACCCUGCACGGAUCCAGAUCACCUUUGAGCGGACUCUAGCAGAGAACUGCCUUGUGCCAGACAUGUGGGGCAAAUACACAACAUAUCUUGACCGUCAGCUGAAGAUCAAAGACAUGGUCCUCUCUUCUCAUGAACGCGCUGUCAGGAACUGCCCCUGGACGAUGGGUCUGUGGAGGAGCUACCUGCUCGCUCUGGAGAGGCACGGAGCGGACCAUCAGACCGUCUCAGAUGUUUUUGAAAAGGCGCUGAAUGCUGGUUUCAUUCAAGCAACGGAUUAUGUGGAGAUUUGGCAGUCAUACCUGGAUUACCUGAGGCGACGCGUGGAUUUUAGCAAAGAAUCAAGUAAGGAAUUAGAGGAGCUACGAGGAGCAUUCUCUCGAUCUUUGGACUACAUGAAACAAGAUGUCGAAGAAAGGUUUGGUGAAAGUGGAGAUUCUUCUUGUAUCAUAAUGCAGAUCUGGGCGAGGAUAGAGGCCCUCCACUGCAAGAACAUUCAGAAAGCCAGAGAACUGUGGGACAGCAUCAUGACAAAAGGGAACGCUAAGUAUGCCAACAUGUGGCUGGAAUACUACAACCUUGAAAGGUCUUAUGGGGACCCAGUUCACUGUCGGAAAGCUCUCCACAGAGCAGUUCAGUGCACCUCAGACUACCCUGAGCACGUGAGCGAAGUCCUGCUCACAUUUGAGAGGGUUGAAGGUUCUCUUGAGGACUGGGACGUUGCGGUGCAGAAGACAGAGACUCGGCUGAACAGGAUCAACGCGCAACGAGCAAAGGCAGCUGAGAAAGAGGCCAACGUGGCUCGCCAAGAGGAGGAGCGAGCUGACCAGCGGCGAAGGACCAAGGCCGAGAAGAAGGGUCAGAAGAAAGUCCCGAAAGGAACUCGAGCUGGGGAGAAGAGGAAAGCAGAGCAGGAUGAUCAUCACAAGGAGUGGAAUAACGGCUCCGAACCUGGCACGAAAAGGCACAGAGGAAAUGGGGACCAAACCGCAGAGGAGCACAUGGAGACGGAGACGGGGCUCUUUGGGAAGAAAGCUCCCCCCGGCUCUAAGCGUCCUCCCCCCGGCUAUAAAGGAGCAGCGGCCGCUGCCCAGAAGCAGAGCAGCAACGACGACGACAAGCCAGAGCUCCGCAACGACAACAGCAGCGUAUUCAUCAGCAACCUGGCGUACACGCUGGAGGAGCCCGAGGCGAAGCUGAGGACCCUGUUUGAGACCUGUGGUCCCAUCGAACAGGUUCGCCCAGUCUUUGCCAGCAAAGGGGCCUUUAAAGGCUACGGCUAUGUGCAGUUUGAGUCCACAGUGUCCGUCGCUGAAGCCUUGAAGCUGGACCGGCGGGAGGUGGAGGGCAGGCCCAUGUUUGUGUCACCGUGUGUGGACAAGAACAAAAAUCCUGACUUUAAGGUGUUUAAGUACAACAAUUCCAUGGAGAAACAAAAGAUCUUUAUCUCUGGGCUGCCGUUCUCAUGCACCAAAGAGCAGCUGGAGGAAAUCUGCAAAGGUCACGGCACCAUCAAAGAUAUUCGUCUGGUCACGUAUCGCUCAGGAAAACCCAAGGGUCUGGCAUAUGUGGAGUUUGCGGAUGAGGCCCAGGCCUCUCAUGCAGUUCUGAAAAUGGACGGCAUGUGCGUGGAGGACAAUAAGAUUUCCGUUGCCAUAAGUAACCCUCCCCGCAGGAACACGAUGGAUAACGCUGGUUCCAGCAGGCUGGCCGUGGACGUCCCUCGCCAGGUCUUUGGAUCGAGAGGAAGAGGUCGCACCCAGCUCUCGCUGCUCCCUCGUUCUCUGCACCGACAAAGUGGGCCGGGGGGCAAAGCGGAGAACGGAGCUGCGGCGGCAGAGAAUGCAGCCGGAGAGACGAAGCCGUUGUCAAACUCUGACUUUGCCAAGAUGCUUCUCAGCAAGUGAGAAAGCCAGAGAGAAGCCAUUGAGUGUCCUUACAAAUUUACUCCUCUGUAAUUGGGUUCCCGGCUUCCCUUUAAUCUCAAGUCUUGUUCUUAUCUGCCGCUCUGCGAGAUUUGCCUUAAUCGCCGAACUCUCGCCCGCCAUCGGAAAGCGUUUUCAACCAAGACUUUUCACCCGUGUGACAGAUUGUUUUUGUUUGAUGGUGUUUUGACGGAUAUUUUAUUAAAAAAAAGUGUAUAAUAUUUGUGUGUAAAUAGACUAUCUACAAUUGUUGCAAUGGUGUUGUUUUUGUGUGUAGGUGGAAGGGAUGUGAGAGACACAUAUGAAAAAAUAUUUAUUUUAGAAAUCUUAACAGCCAACUGUCUGAAUGUCGUUUACAGGUUUUAUGCACAAAGUUCAGAUAUGGUGUAAUAUCGUGUGUGUGUGUACAGAAGUUGGAUGUUUUACAGUGAUGUUUUUUAAGAAACCUAGGAUUUCAAUUGUGUAACUUAGUUGAUGCUGACAACUUAGUUAACAAGGCUAGCAGUUACUUUUUACUGUAUCCAGUCUGUUAUUGGUCAGUAUUCUGAUGCUAUGACAUCUACGGUCUCUUGGCCUGUGAACAUGUUCCCAACCUGUCACGCUGCUGAUGCUGGAUAUGAGGUGGAAUAUUUACUCAACUGCUCCAAUUUACUUUAUUUCUCUUUUUUUACAUCCCUGUUGAUGCAACCUGCCUGUUCGGGUAAUAUUAAAGUAAUUUUACUUUAUCACAUGGAUAUGCUUUUUAUAUAAAGCAAUGACUGAUGUGCCCUGCACCUUCCAGCAGGGUGAUUGGGGUCUGAAAAGAAAAGAAAAAUUAUGAAAAUUAUUGGCUAGUAAAGAAAUAAGUUAAUUUCCUGCGCCGUCAUGAGUACGUUGAUAAGAGGAAUUAGUUGGUUUAGAUGUUAAGGAUUAAGAUACAGGACUGAUUCCUGAAAGUUAUACAUUAAACUGUUGUACACUGAAGUGAGAGCUAGGUAGUUUUCAUAAAAAAACUGGUUCAUUUCCUCAAAAUAAACACGAUAUGAUACGAGGCCACGCUUUGCUGCCCGGCGAUGGUUUUCUGGAGAAACACAACAUUUUUCUGCAGCAGCUUUAACAAAAAUGAGUCAGAAAUUGACCAGUUGUCAGCUUUUCAUGUUUGGAUAUUAAGUUGUUUGUGUACAUAAUGUUCUAUAUAGUAAUUUCAUAUAAUACAAGUUUUCAAAAUAGAUGGAAUACAAGCUAUGUAUUCUCACCACAGUGGCCUAACCGUAAAGAAAGAUGUGGUCUCUAAAGUCAAUUUGUUUUGUGUCGAUACUAAAACAUGGUUUGUGCACAUUGCUCCUGUUUUUUAGAAGUUCUGAAGUCAGAGUUUGUAAUUUGGUAUUUAGAAAAAUACUAAAUGGAGUUUUCUUUGGUGUUCAAUUGGUAUUUAUUCACCAGCUUGUUUCAUUAUCUUACCUUCUACCCUUGUUGUCUUCCUGUUCCAAUAAAGUCACAUAAAUCA